UACCGUCGUAUUUUUAAAAAUUACAUCAUCGUCACUCUCUACAUAUUUAAAAGUAAACAAAUUUACCAAAAUACGACCACGCUACAGAAUUCACUUCAGAUGAAUUACACAUUAAUGUUUGUAAUAAUACACAUUAGUGCAACAAUAUAUUCUGCCAAAUGACAAAAAUGUCACUGAACGAAAAAUCAAAAGUCCUUAUAAUUACAAGAAUGUCACCGCCCAUUUGACCUCGGAGCAUUUGACCAGAUCUGCAGCGUUGAUACAUCACAUCGAACAAUAUGAUUCAUUUUUAUUUCUUUCGCUAUUGCUCUACUUCUAUUUACCUAUCUAUAUAUUUGUAAAUUGCAUGGCAGCAUAUAACCAAUUCCCUUGUCCUACUCUUGUGGAUCUUGAGGGCACUCUCAACACACACAGAGCACAAAUAUUUCCCCCACACACACAUAUCCAACUUGAGUCUCUCUCACAUUCUCUUCUCUACAGCUUUUGAGCAUGGCAUCAAGUAAAUCACGCAGCAACAAAAGGUCAUCAUCAACCUCAACAUCAACCACCACAAUCAUCAUCUUCAUACCACUCUCUCUCCUCCUCCUAUGGCUCCUCACUUCCAACACCUUCUCCCCUACCCAAUCCCCAUCCCGGCCCGCCACAACCACCACGAACACUCCAGAGCCCGUAAAGCCCAUCUCCCGAUACCAAAAACCUGAAACCCACCACGUCGACCACGAAGACAUUCCCACCCACCUUCCCACCCACGACAAUGACGACGGAAACGAAAAACCCGACGACCGAAAAGAUGACCACUCCAAUUCCAAUAACAACCAAGAAACGGAAAACAACGAGAGCACAAUCACGGCCCAAACAGGAGAAGGCGAAGAAAUUCAUGACGAGAUCACGGACAAGGAUCAACGGGAGCGAAUCGACGAGCACCAGAGGCGAGAAGACGAGCAGAUGAUGGAACCGCCACAUAAGAAGGAGGAUUUGGAGUCGCGGGACCCGCGUGGGGCCAUAAGCCGGGACCAGAUCGAGCACGACGAGGCCCCCGUGGACGAGUCGAGCGACGACGACGACGACGCGCAGAAGCCGUGGUCCACGCAGGCGGACGAGUCGGUGCACGAGAAGGAGAGGCGGAGGUCUUCUUCGGAUAGUCGAAACGGAAGCUACGAGUACACGUGGCGGCUCUGCAACGCGACAGCUGGCGCGGACUACAUACCGUGUUUGGACAACGAGGAGAUGAUUUCGAAGAUACACAACAGGAAGCACCACGAGCACCGGGAGAGGCACUGCCCCGAGCCGUCCCCCGACUGUCUAGUGCCGCUGCCCAAAGGGUACAAGAAGAGGAUUGACUGGCCUCAGAGUAGGGAUAAGAUAUGGUACCAUAACGUGCCGCACACGACGCUGGCUGAGGUUAAAGGGCACCAGAACUGGGUGAAGAUGAUGGGGGAGUUCCUCACCUUCCCGGGAGGUGGGACCCAGUUUAUUCACGGCGCCUUGCAUUACAUCGAUUUUCUGCAGGAGGCAGUGCCGGAUAUUGGAUGGGGGAAGCACAGCCGAGUGGUGCUCGACGUUGGCUGUGGGGUAGCUAGCUUUGGUGGUUACCUAUUCGAAAGAGAUGUUCUGGCAAUGUCUUUUGCGCCAAAAGACGAGCAUGAGGCACAAGUUCAGAUGGCGCUCGAACGAGGGAUACCAGCAAUAUCUGCUGUGAUGGGCUCUCAAAGGCUGCCCUUUCCUAGUAAGGUCUUUGACAUUGUGCACUGCGCACGUUGCCGGGUCCCUUGGCAUGCAGAUGGUGGUGCUUUACUUCUGGAGUUGAACAGAGUACUUCGUCCAGGAGGCUACUUUGUGUGGUCGGCAACUCCAGUUUAUCAAAAGCUCGAAGAAGAUGUACAAAUAUGGAAAGAAAUGUCUAACCUAACAAUAGCCAUGUGUUGGGAGCUGGUCACGAUCAAGAAAGACAAGGUGAAUUCAGUUGGUGCAGCUAUUUAUCAGAAACCAGACUCGAACGAUUGCUAUGAGCGAAGAAAGCAAAAAAACCCACCAAUGUGUAAAACUGAUGACGAUCCUAAUGCUGCAUGGUACGUACCAUUGCAGUCGUGCAUGCACCAAGCGCCAAUUCAAGAAAACGAGAGAGGGUCCCAAUGGCCUGAAGAGUGGCCCGAACGACUCCAAACGCCACCUUACUGGCUCAACCGAUCCCAGAUGGGCGUUUAUGGAAAACCGGCUCCUGAUGACUUCACUUCAGACUAUAAACACUGGAAAAAGAUGGUCAGUGAGUUGUACAUGAAUGGCCUCGGAAUUAGCUGGUCCCACAUCAGAAAUGUCAUGGACAUGAGAGCUGUUUACGGAGGGUUUGCAGCAGCACUCAAGGACCUCAAAGUAUGGGUAAUGAAUGUGGUUAACACAGACUCACCAGACACACUCCCCAUAAUUUACGAGAGGGGCCUUUUCGGAAUUUACCACGACUGGUGCGAAUCCUUCAGCACCUAUCCACGAACGUACGAUCUUCUACACGCCGACCAUCUUUUCUCUACUCUUAAAAAGAGGUGCAAGCUAGUAAUAGUGAUUGCCGAGGUCGACCGAAUAGUGAGGCCCGGAGGCAAAUUGAUCGUGAGGGAUGACUCGAACACGAUUGGAGAGAUUGAGGACUUGCUAAAGUCUCUGCAUUGGGAAGUGUACUUUCCGAAAAACCAACAUGGGAUGCUUGGGGCUCAGAAGUCCGAGUGGCGGCCCAAUUCGUACGCGGGCCCUUCUUGAAUUGGGCUAUGGUUCGGGCCCUUUUUUUAACUUUGUAGUAGAAAUUUUCGUUAUUUUUAUUCCCAAAGCACGACAGGAUAUAUAGGCUUGUUGUAGUUCGGUGUAGCUUAUCUUACAGACAAUGUUAUAUAGUUUUACGAUAUAACUGGAAACUUUCUAGGAGGUGUUUUGGAUUGAAAGGUGAGGUUGGUUAAACUAGAAGCAGUAGUGAUCAUAUCUGAAGUAUUGUGAUUUGUUUACUAGAUUGGUGAAUUCUAAACUAUUCAAGGGGUCACCACAUUGUAAAUGAGGUGAAAAUAUGACAGAAUUGAGCACACAGGAGUUAAAAUCCACAUUGAGAUGAAAUUUAACAAGGGCCGUUCAAAGGGUUCAGUGAGUGAGGACACUGUAAACAAUGUUGUAAGAAAAAAUUUCAUUUCAGAGUCUUGGGUACAGGGGUUUCACAUUCCAACGUAUAACUCAAAACUCCAUACUUGUUAACACAUUAAAAAAUUACAGAAAAAAAAAGCAGGAGAAAGAGAAAAAGAGAAAGCACCUAUUUUCACUAUCUAUUAGCAAAUUUUGCAAAGUAAUGCCAGUUUACCGAAAUCAAGAUUACAAAACAAAUAAACAAAAGAAACUGUCACCUCCAUUUAUAUUUGCAAGACAAAUAAACAAAAGCAAUGUCAUGUCAGAAUCAAUUCGGAAAAAUAGUUAAGGGGGAAGCUCAAAAUGAUAACUCAGGUAAAAGAAAAAAGUUAUCAAAAUUCAUGAACCUAAAGAAGAAGAAGAAACACGUUGAAUUAAGUAAAUAUGAGUGAAAACCUGUUUGAAUCGAUUUACCUUGCUUAACAUGUAGAUAGGAUUCAAGCAAACCACCUCUUGGUCGAGUGAUUUUGCGGGGAUAUGUUUAAAGGGAAAUGAAACAAGAUACAGGAUUUGGAGAUAAAAUUUUUUAGAUUUGUUUGGAUUUUUU